GUUAAAAGGACCACACAAAGAACUGACUUUGGCAGAGACAGUUAAAAGCAUGUAGAGCUGUGUUUAGACGCUAGCCAGUCGUUUAACAACCUAGCUUUAUUUUCCGUCGAUAUGUACUUCCGGGCGAAUGUUACAGAAUGUUACAGCAUUGAUUUUGUCCUCUGCUUAUUGAAGUGCAGUGUUUUUUUAUAGUUACCACCAAAGCAAAAAUGUCUAAGAAAAAAUCAACUGUUGAAGACAAACGACAAAAAUUGAUUGAAAUUUUUUUCGAACAGUCGGAUUUUCUCUCACUGAAAGAAGUUGAAAAAUUUGCUAUCAAGCAAAAAUCGAUACCUCCGAUGCUGGUCAAACAAAUUUUGCAAAGUUUAGUGGAUGAUGAUCUGGUUACAUGCGAUAAAAUUGGCUCUUCUAAUUACUACUGGGCUUUUCCAAGUGAAGCAAUAAAAUCAAGAGACUUUCGAUUGCAAGAAAUAAUCAAAGUUUUGGAAAAUCAAAACUGUAAGUUGAACAAUAUCGAAAUCCAACUUUCUCAAAUAAAAGAUAUGCAACCAGGUGAAAGCAAAGAAUUUGAAAGAGACCAACUGCUGUCUAAAACAAUUGAAAAAGAGCGAGCAGUUAAUGAACUUACAAAAGAAAUAAAAGCAUUACAUUCAGUCGAUCCGGAGUCCUUGAACAAUUAUGCACUGGAUGCUCAAAAAUUCAAGGAGAAUGCAAAUGCUCUAACUGACAAUAUUUUUGCAAUAUUGUCUUGGGCUAAAGAGAAAAACCCUACACUAGAAGAUAGAGAGAUUAUGCAGCACAUUGGAGCACCUGAGUGCGUCGAUUUCCUCGAUUGA